UCAUCACGCCGCCUACGAAGUGCUGCCGCGUCCCGGGAACCGGCGCCUGGAGCCUGAGGAGCGAGCGAGACAUUUUUAAUUUCACAAAUUUGGAGUAUUACAAAUCUGGAUUCCAUGUCUUUUCUUGUAAGUAAACCAGAACGAAUUAGGAGGUGGGUGUCCGAAAAGUUCAUUGUUGAAGGCUUAAGAGAGUUGGAGUUGUUUGGAGAGCAGCCUCUGGGUGACUCUCGGAGAAAAACCAAUGAAGCGAGCUCAGAGUCGAUAGCAUCUUCCCCCAAAAGGGACGCCAUGAGCAGCUUUUCACCAGAUAGCAACUGUUAUGAGUUGCUCACCAUUAUAGGCCAAGGCUUUGAGGAUCUGAUGAUUGUAAAUCUAGCCAGGUAUAAACCAACAGGAGACUAUGUGACAGUCAGAAGGAUUAACCUGGAGGCCUGCACUAAUGAGAUGGUGACAUUUUUGCAGGGUGAACUUCAUGUGUCCAAGCUCUUCAGCCAUCCCAACAUUGUGCCAUACAAAGCAACCUUCAUAGCUGAUGAUGAGCUAUGGGUAGUGACACCCUUCAUGGCCUAUGGUUCUGCAAAGGAUUUAAUCUGUACCCAUUUUACAGAUGGCAUGUGUGAACUGGCUAUUGCUUAUAUCCUCCAAGGAGUUCUGAAAGCCCUUGACUAUAUUCACCAUAUGGGUUAUGUACACAGGAGCGUGAAAGCCAGCCAUAUCCUCAUCUCUGUGGAUGGAAAGGUGUAUCUCUCUGGCUUACGAAGUAACCUGAGUAUGAUCAACCAUGGGCAGCGACUCAAAGUUGUUCAUGAUUUCCCCAAGUACAGCAUCAAGGUCCUUCCCUGGCUCAGCCCUGAAGUUUUACAGCAGAAUCUCCAAGGCUAUGAUGCAAAAUCUGACAUUUAUAGCGUGGGGAUAACGGCCUGUGAACUGGCAAAUGGACAUGUCCCAUUUAAAGAUAUGCCUCCUACUCAGAUGCUCUUGGAGAAGUUGAAUGGGACAGUUCCAUGUCUGCUGGACACCACCACGAUUCCUGCUGAUGAGCUAACUAUGAAACCAUCCCGCUCAGGUGCUAACUCAGGGAUUGGUGAAGGCAUGGCUGUUAGCAACGUGAGGGCCUCCAAUGGAGAGUCGACGCUGCAUCCUUAUCUUCGGACUUUCUCACCCCAUUUCCAUAACUUUGUAGAGCAGUGUCUGCAGCGUAACCCAGAUUUCAGGCCAAGCGCAAGCACCCUGCUCAAUCAUUCUUAUUUCAAGCAGAUCAAGCGGCGUGCUUCUGAAGCGCUUCCUGAACUCUUGCGCCCAGUCACACCAAUCACCAACUUUGAAGGUACACGGCAACAGGAUCCCAGUGGCAUUUUUGGAUUGGUAUCUAGCCUGGAACAGCUGGAGGUGGAGGACUGGGAGUUCUAAUGCUACGUGGGAAAUGUGUGGCUCUGAAGCAUUUGAAGGAGCUUGCUGGACAUAGUAACUUAUUGACCCCUUUCAAAAAAAAGAAAAGCAGUGAUGAAUGUUACAGGCAGAAGAGUUUACAGGUCCUUGGGAAGGAACUUGAGCUGUCGUUUACUUGGGGAGCAGAGCCUGGAAACAAGGGGCCAGGAGGUAGCUGGAAAUGACCAUCCAUUCCAAGGAAAGGCCAAAUGUUUCCAUGGCAAAUGCAUGAUACCAGGAGCCUCCCUGAGUACCAAGUAUUGGUUGCUUUCAUAGUUUUGUUUGUUAGAGUCAGCUUGAGUUGGUGUCCGCCUUUGCUGCCCUCUCCAUGCACAUGUUGCUUUAGGGAUCACUGACUUCCUAGUGCCCAUUAGUCAAGAUGCACAGAGCUCUCUUUAGUCAGGGUGCCUUAAAGAGAAAUGCAGAGAGGGGGAAAAAGGUGUAGUUUUUAGAUCUGGGCACUGUCCUCUAGACAGCCAGACUGCUACAGUACUGCUGUCACAGGGUGACUUGUGGGGAGGGCACUAGCAUACUUAACUGCUACUCUAGGUUGGGGGGAGGUGGGAGCAGGGGGGAUAUGAGAGACUGGAGAAAGGUGUGCCCUACUGUUGCAGGCUUGUUUAGAGGUUAGGGCAUUUCUCUGCGCUGCCGGAGACUGACAGAUAUUUAUUUUUUUAAAAACAAGACCCUUUUUACAUGGUGCUGAAUGCUCCAAGCAGCUGGGCAGAGGGUACUUGGGCUUCUGGGACAGACCUGCCUCUCUCAGCACAGCACAUGCAGAGCAGUGCUGCAGGGUCCCCAAGGUGAAUAUUUUUUUAAGUAUGAUGUAUGUAUUUGAAGCUUUGGAUCUGCAGCAGCCCCAGUUCUUAAAGAAAGGCACUACCCUGGCUGAGCCUAUCCUCUGGCAGGGCUGUGUCCCCAGGGAGAGGAGAAAGGUAAGUUUGAGGAGUCUUUUGGCUGAAUCCGCCUUUCCCCUGGCUCCUGCUGUCUGGCCAGCCUGUGCAGAGUUCUCUUCUGCCAAACAUCAGUUCGUCACCUUUGCCUCUGAGUCCUGCAUAACGCACGUUCUCAGAACCAUACUGAACUGCUUGUAUAGCUCCCCUUGCUGCAGAGGUCUGUACCCUGCUAGUGACAGGCCUCUGCUGUGGCAGCUCUCCCCUUCACUGAGGUAUUCACAUUUUCUGAACUGCGAGCAAGGCCUCUAGUUCAACCUUUCUGAGGACCCCCCGACCUUGAAGACCUUUCUCCUCUCUGAUAAAGCACUGAGAAUCCAGUCCUGUAUGCAAGGUUGAUAGGAGCAGUGGUGCUGGCAACAGGUUCUUUUUGUGUUUAUAAGAUGUACUUGAACCCAAAUAAAGUUUGUAACUCUAGUUUUGUUGCCAAAAUGAAUAAAAUAAGUAUUUCUGAA